UAACCGAUAAGAGUAAAUUUAAGCUUGAUUUUUAAACCUUCUACUGUUAUACCUUUUGAUUUACAAUUUCUCCUCUUUUCUUCUCUAUAUACAAACAGAGGUUGUACUCUCUCUCUCUCUCUCUCGCAGAUUUCAGAAACAGAUUCCAUUUCUAAAUCGAGCAAGAUGGAACAUUCGUUAUCUGCGCUUGUAUACAAAGGUUCUAUUCCUAAAGCCAUUCUUGAAUCCAAGAAGCAGAAGAAGCUCUUUGUUGUCUAUAUUUCUGGUUCAGAUGAAAAGUCAGUUGAAUUGGAAAAAUCCACAUGGACUGAUUCAAAAGUGGCAGAGUCACUGUCAAACUACUGCAUUUUCUUGCAUAUCCCAGAAUCAAGCACUGAUGCUGCAAAUUUUCGUGCAAUAUAUCCACAGAAAUCUGUCCCUUCUAUAGCAGCUAUUGGGUACAAUGGAGUUCAACUUUGGCAAAAUGAAGGAAUUGUUAGUGCUGAAGUUCUGGCUUCCAGCUUAGAGAAGGCAUGGUUGGGUCUUCAUAUCCAGGAAACAACUGCAACUGUCCUAACUGCAACACUUGCUUCAAAUAAACCUGAACUAUCUACUGCUGGAUCUUCUGAUAUUAGCUCAUCUGGGCAAGGGAGUUCUUCAGGUACAGUUGUUCCACCAGCUUCAGUGGACAAACAUGUACAAUCCUCGGAUGUUGGACCACCAGAUGCUUCUAAGACGAUAGAAGAAAACAACAGUCAUGAACAUAUUGUUGAGGUCAAUGGUACUAGCUGUGAUGACAAGGCAUCUUCAAAAUCAUCUAAUGCUGAUAAUUCAUUAAGUAUUGAGUCUGAGCAAUCCACUGCUCUUAGUGAUGAAGCCAAGGAAUUACCUAGUCCUCCAAGGCUAGACCCAAACAUUUCUGUUGCAGAUGUCAUGUCUUCUAGCGUUGAAGAUGAGCAUCCUGCUGAAGAAAAGAUUAUUAACAAGUAUUCAGGUGUUCCUGGUGGAGAUUCACAUUUAGUUACUACUGAAACAAAUAAAGCUGUGCAAAAUGAAAGGGACAAAUGUGUUGAUGAUAUGAAGGCUUACAGAUUAGACAAUAAUAAGAGUGUUAAUGCAUUAAGUGAGGUUCAUUUAAAUAUCAGAUUGCCAAGUGGUGUUAGCCUACAAGACAAAUUUUCUGUGACAAGCACUUUAGGAAUGAUCAAAGACUAUGUGGACAGAAACCAAGCUAGUGGCAUUGGCCCAUAUGAUCUUGCUAUUCCUUAUCCUCGCAAGGUGUUCAGCAAUCAAGAUUUAAGCAAAUCAUUGUCAGAGCUGGGUCUGUUCAAUAGACAAGCAUUGAUAGUAGUCCCUCGUCAAAGAGCCACAAAUAACCACAGAGGAGGUUCUUCGUCCGACCAAACUGCUACUAUAGUUGACACUGAUUCAUCAAUUGUGCAUAAUGGGGGAUAUUUUGCCUACGUCAAAACGAUGUUAUCAUAUAUCAAUCCACUUUCCUAUCUUGGUGGUAGUACAAGUUCAUCAAGUUCUGGACAAGCUCAAACUGGCAUGUGGGAGUACAGUCCAAAUCCAGCACUGCAGAACAACUUAGCAAGAACAGAGAGGCCAUACUCCGCUUACUCAUCAAACCAAAGCACUUCGGCAACUGGCAGAAAUGAUAACGGGAGCGGGCAACCAACGUCAUCCCGAUUUGGAAGCAAUAUUCACACAUUGAAACAUGAUGAAGACGAUAGCCAGUUCGGCGAUAGAAAUCCCUAUUGGAAUGGCAAUUCAACUCAGUAUGGUGGCAACAGCGAUGGUAAAUAAGGCUCCUGCCAGAGUUUCGUAGUCCGAUCACUGCUGAGUAUGAGCUUUUUAUCUCUGGGAGUUUCUUUUUCCACCAGUUACAGACUUAAAUUAAUCCGACUAUAAUAGUACAGACCAAGAAGGAAAGCAAACGAUAAAUCCUUAAGGGAAAUAGAAGUCCCUGAAGUUACCUUGUGGUUGUAAAUUUCUACCUUUCGCCUUUCGAAUUUGAACUCGAUAAUCUAGUUGAGUUAAAAGUGUAUUCUUAGCUGAAAAAGCCUGCUUUUAUGCCCUUUCCUUUUCUCCUCUUAUUUUAAUUUUUUUUAUACAAUUGACUCUGUUUAGGACUUGAACUCAAAAUUUCAUAGCUUUAGAUACGGCUUUAUUAUCACUA